AUUGGUUCAUUUUCUAAUCUCGACGCCAAUCAUUCGAACUACGACAAAACAAAAUGGCGCCCUCAAGGACUAGCACGGUGAAGAACAAGCAUGCGGCAAACAAGUCUGGUAUCAAAGGUAGCAAGCUGUCAAAAGCGGGACCUCAGGAUGGAAUCGUCCAAAAGAAGCGAAAGGGCCCUCCGCCAACGGCGAAGGGGACCCGGCCAGCUGGCGUGCUGAAGAAGAAAAAGAAGAAGGUCUACUCAGAGAAAGAAUUGGGCAUUCCGCAACUGAAUAUGGUCACACCCGUUGGUGUAGAGAAACCAAAGGGGAAGAAGAAGGGCAAGGUGUUUGUGGACGACCGAGAGAGUAUGAACACAAUUCUUGCCAUCGUACAAGCCGACAAGGAGGGUGAAAUUGAGUCCAAGAUGAUUAAAGCACGCCAGAUGGAGGAGAUUCGAGAAGCGAGGCGGGUCGAGGCUGAAGCAAAGGACCAGGAGAGGAAGGCAAAGUUCGACGACACGAAGGACUCCCUACGGAAAAAGCGCAGCCGCAGUCGAUUGCCCGGAGUAGAGGUUGACGGUGUUAAGGACGAGGUCGCAACGGGGUCCAAUGCAUUGAAAGCGAAGAAGAAGCGCGUCUCGUUCGCCUAAGGGAGACCGCGUGAGUUGUCAAAAGCAUUGGGAGGAGUUUGGCGUUACUCGUUUUCGAGAUUCUAGGAACCUGAGAGACCUUGCGUGUACUCGAGCCUGCUACAUUCGGCGGCUUGACUAUGGAGAUACCCUGCAAGAUACAUCGCUGGUUUUCACUCGGGACUUGUCUUGUUUGACUUGAAGUCUCCAGUGCUGAUUAGGACUCUUUCCGAAGUACCAGUCAAGCUGGAAUGGUGGGAACUUGCCUAAUGGGAACUUGCCUAAUGGGAACUUGCCUAAUGGGAACCAUAGCAUCAUUACCGAUAGCCUCAUAGGCUGGAAGCAAAACCACAGCCGCCUUACAUUAUAACUGGCGUGUGAGCAAACCCUACAACAUACCUUGAGAUGCGUUGGGGUUGGAGGAUUGAUAUCUUGUCGAAGCUUGGUAUUUGACUAAUACAAUAAAAUGAAACUUGUCAAACGA